AUGAUGCAGGUGCCCUUGCGGCGGCUCGCGCAGACAUUUGCUUUGGACUCCACACAACUAGCCGCCCAGUGGCUGGAUUUCCGAGAUCGUGCACGGUAUCACGCAGGAAUCAAAGAGUGCACAAACUUGCAGGCGUGGCAGGCUGCUCUUCUAGAAACAAGACAGCGGCCCGAAACAAAUGCGCGCCAUCCCCAGACGGCCUUGGCGAGCGCGCUAGCGCGGUAUGCUGCCACCAGCAUCUCUGACUCGGGCAUCGAGCGCCUCUUCUCGAGAUCUGACGCCUGCAUCCCACAAAGUGCGCAUGGUCUAUCUUCUCAUGCCGAGAGCAUCAGGGUUACUUUGUUGAAGCUGAAGCAGAGCGACUUCUUGGAGCUCGCCCCUGCCUUUUCAGCUACAUGGCAACAAUGGUUCAGGCACUCCGUCCGACAAGGUUCCUUUGCACGCAUCGACAAGCACCGCCCCAAGCCCACAAAGGAGACGGGCUCCGAAGGCAAGUCAACCCACCAAAGCUUCCUGAAGAAGCGCAAGGCAGCGUUGUCCGUAGCGUUGGAGAAGCAGCCGCAGAAUCCCAUAGAUUGGGAUCCGGAGAACCUGCCCAUCGGAGCGUGGACUGACGGGCACGAGAAGGAGGCCGAGUUUCAGGAUCUGAAAAAACGAAAACGACAGAUGGAGGCUCUCUGGGCGGGCAGCCUAUUGGAAGAGGAGGUUAGUUUGCAGCUACUUGUGGAUGCCUCUGCAGAGCAGAAGAAGAUGGACAUUUCCAGGAGGAAGCGUCGAAGACAGGAGGCACAAGUGAAGGAGCGGAUUUCUGCAGGGGAAGUGCCCAGAUGCUGCGACUUCGCUGGGAUGACCAUUUAUGUCCAAGAUGCAGAUCGGACACCCGGCAUGGAUGAGCAGAUGAGGCGUUGCAACUGGUCCUUCACUGACGAUGCGGCCGCGGCCUGCGACGUCUUCCUUCACAACAUGGUCGGCAUGGGCAGUCUGCCCUCCGUGGUGGUGUGGGCAGCAGCCCUGCAGGGAGCUUGGGUCCUGCUGCCGGAGUGGGCCUGUAAAGAUGCGGAACACUACGAGGGCCCGUGCAUCAAAUUCGUUCCGGCUGUAACUACCAAGAGGUGGUUUUGGAUCAGUCCCGCUUUCUCGGGAGAGAGGCCUGAUGUAGCCGAGUGCUUGCGGCAGGCUGCGAGUCGUCAAGGCUCGAAAUGGACCAUGAUCGAUGAUGUGGAGGCUUGGGCCCUGAGGAAACAAGCGGCGCAAGAGAAGCAGAAUUCGGCAGCAGUGAUUGCUUUGGUCACUGAUGAAGAAACCACGCAGUUUCAGGAUGUCCCACAUGUCUUCGGGGCAUCCGGUUUCUUUUCAUUUGCAUGCAAGGUAGACAGCUCUCGGUCGAGACUUGCCCUAGCCGGACAAUAG